UGGCGACAAUUAAUCAAUUUUUGAAAAAAGACAUGGAAGGAAAGUAGAGAAAGUUAAAUAGAUAAACGUCAAACAAAUGUCAGUGCUAGUUUUGUCUAUCUACUUUCACAUUUAAAUUUUUAUACUUCUUACUUCAAAGAUUUGUCAAUAAUUUGCAUUUAAAUUACCAAAAAUUGUCAUAAAAAAAAUAUUAUGUAGCAAUUUUCAUAAUGUUAUCCCUGAAAAUUUUUAUAAAAAGCAAGUAGUAAAAUUUACCAUUAGCCAGACAAUAAUAAGGUCGUAAGUUAUUACGAUGAAAAUAAAUUUCAAGCGAUUAACUACAGCACGAUGGACGAUAUUUGUACCACUGAUUAUUUAUAUGAGUUUGUUAUAUAUAAAAUAUAACAGAAAUAUGAAAUUAAAAAGCCCUGAUGAGAUGGACGAGGAUGCUGGUAUACAGAGUUUAUUUUCCGAGCUUGAAUCAGUGUCAAUAAAAAAUUUUAAAGAAAGUAACAUUGAUAAAUCUAUAAGUAAGAAUUUUAAUUUAAAUAAUAUUGAUAGUAAUAAUGUUGAACGAGAAAUUCAUGAAAAUCCGAGAUUACUGCUGGAAAAUAUAUUCAGAAAAGCUGAUGUUAAUGAAAAUCAAGAAUUAGAUAUGCAAGAAAUUGCUAAGUGGAUUCACGGUAAAAUAAUUCAGCAUAUUGAUCGUGCGAUGAGAGAUAAUAUUGGUUUAUUUACAACUAUUGAUAUAAAUCCACGUAAUGGUGAUAUUUCUUGGGAUGAAUAUCACGCAUAUUUUUUACGAUCUCAUGGAUUUGCAGAUUCUUACAUUAAUUCGCAUGAUAAAAGACAUUCAGAGUUAACGAGAACACUUAAAGAAAGUAUUAUGAGAGAUCGGGCGCGAUGGAUUGAAGCUGCCCGAAACGAUCCAGAUAAAUUAACGCUGGAUGAGUUUCUCGCUUUCACUCAUCCUGAGAGUAGUCAUCGUGCGCUUUUACAAAUGGUUGAUGAUUUGUUUGAAAAAUUCGAUCGUGAUGGAGAUGAAGAAUUAACAGAAAACGAAUUUGCUGAUUUACCUGUUGAUGGGAUGGGCCUCGAUUUGCGUGAAGAUACUCCAGAACCUGUAGGUGGAAGUGAAGGACGUAGACAAGAAUUUCAGUAUUUAAUAGAUAAAAACAAAGACGGCAAAGCUGAUCGCUCUGAAUUACUGAUGUAUAUCGAUCCAAGAAAUCCGAGACACGCGAUACAAGAAGCGCAGCAUUUGAUGGAUCUUGGUGAUAUUGAUCAUAAUAGGAAACUUAGUUUAUCUGAAGUACUCAGCAAAACGGAUUUAUUUUUAGGAAGUAAAAUGGUCGAUACAGAAAAAAGUUUUCAUGAUGAGUUUUGAUAAAGAAAGUUACUGCCUGUACUUACAGUUUUAAUGUGAAAAACACUUUCGCGGUUAAAACUUUCAAUUUCUUACGUACUAUAGUAUUAAAAAAUAAUUAGAAAAUAAUGAUUUUCAGAACCGACUGAUCAAUUAAAGCUUUUAGAUAAUGUCUGUGAUAGUCAAUACUACAGUGUAAUGAUAAAAGAAGCAAUCACAUCAGUAUUUUUAAAAAUAAUGCACUAAUUUGAUAUAUGUAGCUUCAUAUGUAUGAUUAGUUAUUGUAAUUAAUAUCACAGUACUGUACCUUAAUUACCACAUAAGGAUUAAACACAAAUACUUAUUAUUAUAGAAAGUAAUUUACACGAUAUAAUCUGUAAUCAAACACUUAUAUUUAAUCACAAAUUUUUAUAUACAAUAUUAAUAUAUGUGAUAGAUUUUUUAUCAGUAUAUACAUAGCUUUCUUUUCUGACUUUAAU